CAAUGAGAUUAGAGGUUUAUUCCAGAGGUCUGACUCCAGCCUGGGUGGCCUGUUAUUAUUCGAAGAAGCAGGUUAAAAUCCGUCUGCAGGUAUGAACAUGUAUGCUGCACCCAACCCGGAAAUACCAGGCUGCCCGAGGGGUUUAGAGUACCUAACGCAGGUGGAUCAGCUACUGGUCAAACAGAAAGUUGAGCUUGUUGAAGCCCUCAUCGGCUUUGAAAGCAACAACAAGUACGAAGUCCGAAACGCCAUGGGCCAGAACGUGUUCUACGCCGUCGAGGAGAACGACUGUUUGAGUCGACAGUGCUGCGGGCCCCUGCGCCCUUUCACCAUCCACAUUCUUGACAACUUUGGCCAAGAGGUCAUCACAAUCACCAGGCCGCUCAAGUGCAUGUCCUGCUUCUUCCCUUGUUGUUUACAAGAACUGGAGGUUCAGGCUCCUCCUGGUAACACUGUGGGCUUUGUGAAACAGCAGUGGCACCCAUUGUCCCCGAAAUUUCUUGUUGCAAAUGAACACAAUGAGCCCGUUCUGAAGAUCCAUGGGCCAUUUUGUGGAUGGAGCUGCCUCCCGGAUGUUGACUUUGAGAUUUUGACAAUGGAUGAAGUCAGUAAGAUUGGGAAAAUCAGUAAACAGUGGACGGGGCUGCUGCGGGAGGCGUUCACAGACUCAGACAACUUUGGUAUCCAGUUUCCCAUGGAUCUGGACGUGAGAAUGAAAGCUGUAAUGAUUGGCGCAUGUUUUCUCAUUGAUUUUAUGUUCUUUGAGAGCACCAACUAGAAGAACAGGAUUUUCAUUUUAACAUUCCUGGAAGAACAAGGCCACGAAGCCAUGAUGAUCAGUCCCAACGCUGUAUUAAAACAACCUUCGCUGGAUAGCAUAAAGAGAGUAUUACGAUGUGCCCACAUUUUCUUAUAUUGCAUGAAACAUUGAAAAAGAAGGUUUUCCAAGGCUUAGCUGCUCAGGUUUGUUGUAAAGUCACGUUUCUGGAUUGUCAGUGCACACAGUUCAGUUUUCUGUUUGCCUUUUAUGUUGUGGCAUUGUUGUGAAUACUUGUGUGUUUAUAAAACUGAUCACACCUGGGAUAAAAUCUUUAUGAUUAUUAUUAUUACCCACAAAAUUUUUCCAUUGUGAAAACAUUCAUAUAAGAAGGACACAAAGCUGGUAUAUGGUUUGAAGAAUGAAUUGAGCUUGGUAUUGUUUUUAUGCAAAGAAACCUGGCCUCGUUAAGAAUUUGCUUAUGUAGAUGUUGAUUUAACAAAUUCUAUGUUUGUAGUUAUCUUGUGUGAGAUUUUAAUGACUCAUGUAAAGUAGAAGUUUGUAGUUUCAAUAUUUGGCACCCCGUUUAUCUUGUUAAAAUUUGGUCUUUGUAACAAACUGUAGAUUUGAAGCAGUGGUUUUGUGCACUACUAUAUGAGUGUUUGCAUGUUGGUGAGCUUUGAGUGAACAUGUACACAUUUUUACUUAACAUGAAAAUUAUUAUUUAGGAAAUAAUACAUUUAUAUUCAUUCUAUCACACAAAAUGCAUUAACACUUAACUCGCCUUACUGUGCCAUCCACAUGUCCACUAGAGGGAGUUAGAUAUUUACUCAAUAUCUACUCAUCCAAAUGAACAGUCCAAAUUUGAGGCAUAGGUUUUAUUUUAACAGUUAGUCUAUGAUGCCAUUGUCCACUUUUUUUUGGACAAACUCAGGUUGAAAUGCAUACUAUUGUAUUUUAGUAUUGGCUACUGAUUUGGAAAUAAUGUCCCUGCACCUGAUUGUUUCUCAAGUGUGUUUUCAAAUAUUAUCAUUUUAAUAUUCAUAUUAUUAUUGUGACUUUACACAUGUAACUAUACUUAGUCAAGCUUAAAAAGUAUACCUAUAUAUUUUUCAAGUAUAAUGCUAAUUUCCGUCCUAGCCAUUGGUCACCAUAUGUUUUUUUAAUCAAAUCAGUAAUAACACAUACAUGCACUAUUUCAUCAGUAAUGCCAUUGAGUAUAUUUUAUAGUAAUGACAAAAUGAGAUUUCCAGACUACUUUGAUAUUUAUUCCUCUGUAGACCAAAAAAUGUCCAUCUGAAGCCAUUUAAAAGUCAUACAGGUUAAAGACUUUUAUUUUUGUAAAAAUUAUUUAAAAACUGCCAGUCAGAAUAUCUGAAGAUGCCUGUAUGAACCUAAGAUGUUAUGUGGCAAGUGUUUUCUUCUGCCUUCAGUGUACUGACUCAUGUUUGUAGAAUUACCAUAAGUGGAUUUAACUCAAUUUUUAUGAGCAGAAGUUCCUAAGGUGGAAUUUUCUGUUUAGUUUUUAUGGCAUUUGUUUUACAGAAGAAGUACUCAGUUUUUGGCUAAUUUUAAACACAUUCUUGCAAAUUGCCUGAUCAUUUGGCACGUCUUGUUAGAAUUCAGUCCUAGUAUAAAGUGCUGGUAAUAAAUCCUCUGGAGGAUCUUUGAUUGUGUGUACAUUUUAUUUUAAAUCAGAAUGUGAAACAAUGGCUUUUUUAUUUAAUUUAUUUAUUUUUCUUUUUACAGUUGGAAACCGUAAAGGCUCUUAUUCUUCUACUUUUGCACUAAUACUGUGAGCUAACAACUUGUUCAGUCAUGCAAUGAAUGAAAUUUGAGCUUAGCUUAAAAUGUGCAAGUAGUCAAUAAAAAAAUGACAGUAAAACA